AUGGGGUGUGCUCAGUCGAGGCCUUCCAGGACCUCACCAUCCCACGGCCGGGAGAAGCUGAAGCUCCAAGGAGGUUACGUCAAGGCUGACAAGGGUCGCGGCAACAAUAAGCCCGCCAGCAGGCGUGAAGCUAAGGACAACAAGAUCGUCAUCGCAGUAGGAAGUGCUGCUGAAAGAUCAGGUGGAGUAGGAGGAGGAGCAAAUAAGGCGGUCUCAAGAGGGCUGGGCAAGGAGAGAGCGAAGAGCAAGAGUGAUGGCAAUGUCGGGAAUGAUAAUGUCCUCAGUGAUCAGAGAGUGAACAAUAAGAAGAUCAACGGAGGUGGAGGAGAUGAUCUUGUGGAUGGUUGGCCCAAGUGGCUUCUUGAUAAUGUCAACAAGGAUUUUUUGGCUGGUUUGGUUCCUAAGUCUGCUGAUUCUUAUGAUAAGCUGGCCAAGGUUGGCCACGGAACCUAUAGCAAUGUGUAUAAAGCUCGAGACAGGGACACCAGGAAAAUUGUGGCUCUCAAGAAGGUCCGCUUUGAUACGACAGAGCCCGAGAGUGUCAAGUUCAUGGCCAGAGAGAUCAUGAUAUUGCAGAAGCUAGACCAUCCUAAUGUGAUCAAACUUGAAGGGAUUGCCACCUCGAGGAUGCAGUAUAGUCUCUACUUGGUCUUCGAUUUUAUGCAAUAUGACUUGACCAAAAUAAUCUGCCGCCCAGGCUUGCGUCUCUCAGAACCCCAGAUCAAGUGCUAUAUGCACCAGCUGCUUUCGGGUCUCCACCAUUGCCACGAGAAAGGAAUUCUCCACCGGGAUAUCAAAGCAUCGAACUUGUUGAUAGACAAGAGUGGCAUGCUGAAGCUCGCGGACUUUGGACUUGCUAAAUUCUUCAAUCCUAAUGAAAAGCGUCAGCUCACAAGCCGAGUCGUCACACUCUGGUACAGAGCUCCAGAGCUCCUGUUAGGCUCUACUGAUUAUGGGGUCGGCAUUGAUCUAUGGAGUGCAGGAUGCCUACUGGCUGAGAUGUUCCUUGGAAGGCCAUUCAUGCCGGGGAAAACAGAGGUCGAGCAACUUCAUAGAAUCUUCAAACUCUGCGGUGCACCCUCGGAAGACUACUGGAAGAGAAAUAAGCUACAGACGACCUACCGACCACCGUCACAUUAUCAGCCUAGUUACCGUGAGACUUUCAAGGAUUUCCCGUCCUCAUCGUUUGGUCUCUUGACCAAGCUUCUUGCUCUGGACCCGGCUUAUCGGGGUACUGCGGCCUCUGCUCUGAAAAAUGAUUUCUUUAGUUCCAGUCCACUGGCAUGCGACCUCUCAGGUCUACCUGUGCUGCAGAUCGAGGAACCUCCACCAUCUCAUCAAGCUAAGAUCAUAAAGAGACGCAAGUCCUCGAGAGCAAAGCAAUUGUCUCAAAUGAAUGGGAAAGCACAUGAUGGGGAGGCAAUUUUAGCUGUCGAAGCCAAACAGGAUUCUGAAUCUUCUAAAGAGGAGAAAAUUGCAGAGACAAGCAACCAGAGUCAAGAGGUGACGAGCAAUAGCAAUAGCACAAGUAGCACUUCCUUCAGCCUGAAGCCGAACUUGCAUGAGGACAGCAUACACGUCUCUCUCUCGCCAAUGCACCGAUCCAACCUUAAAGCAUCAUCCCCAAGGACCGAAGGCCACCCGAACGCUGCCAGGAAUAUCCAGAACUAUAGCGCCCUCUUGCAGGCCUCCAUAACGGACAUCAUCAAUCCCAAGGAAGGCAACCAGGUUCCGCAUUUCCGGAGAUCGCUCUCCACUCUGGAUUGGCGCCACCUCAACCCCGAGACGAUAUCCAAACUCUUUGGAGUGGAAUAUUAAGGAUUUGAGGCCACAAGAGUGCGAUUCCAUUCAUCCUUAAAUUGCCAGAAGCUUCAUCGUCCAUUGAUCAU